GAGGGGACUGCAAGCAAGAAGGAAAGGUUUCGUCCCUUCUCUGCUGGCAUGGGGAGGGGACUGUGGGCAGAGCUAGUUGACAAGUAAUAAUGAAGCUGUGUCAGUCCAUCAUGGACAUGGAUAUGCCAGAUUACGUCGACUCCUUGGAUUCCUCUUAUACCAUGCUAGAAUUUGAAAACCUUCGGGUUCUUCCAAACAACACUGAGGAGGCCAACGGGCGCUGUUCAAUGCCCGCAGAGACCAUCACAGCUGAAUCAGCCAACACCAACCUGCUCAACAAUGGCAUUGGCUCCCUUUGCUCCAUCUGCGGGGACCGGGCGACAGGCAAACACUACGGGGCAUCCAGCUGUGAUGGCUGCAAAGGCUUCUUCAGGAGGAGCGUCCGCAAGAACCAUGUCUAUUCCUGCAGGUUCAGCCGACAGUGUGUGAUAGACAAAGACAAGAGGAACCAGUGCAGGUACUGCAGGCUGAAGAAGUGCUUCAGAGCCGGCAUGAAGAAAGAAGCUUGUAGAGUUCUCAGACUGCAGUGCAUUGCAAAGAAAGAUGGAAAAGCGGUGCAGAAUGAGCGCGACAGGAUCAGCAUCCGUAGGAGCAGCUAUGAAGACAACGGCUCGCUGUCCAUCAGUGUGCUCACCCAGGCCGAGGCAAUGGCACAGCAGUAUUUGCCACUGAGCCCCGUUCACAGCGCUGAUAUAGCAAUGAAGAAAGUGGCCACCAUCAAUGAUGUGUGUGAGUCCAUGAAGCAGCAGCUGCUGGUGCUGGUGGAGUGGGCCAAGUACAUCCCUGCGUUCUGCGAGCUGCCGUUGGAUGACCAGGUUGCCUUGCUCAGAGCCCACGCGGGGGAACACCUUCUCCUUGGGGUAGCCAAGCGAUCCAUACCCUACACCGACUUUCUACUAUUAGGGAAUGACUUCAUCAUCCCAAUGCACUGUCCAGAGCUAGAAAUCGCUCGUGUGGCCACCAGGAUCUUAGAUGAACUGGUGAAGCCCUUGAGGGACAUCCAGAUCGAUGACAACGAGUACGCAUGCCUUAAAGCCAUCAUCUUCUUUGAUCCAGACUGCAAAGGCCUGAGUGAGCCAGGGAAGGUGAAGAACAUGCGUUUCCAGGUCCAGGUCAAUCUGGAGGACUACAUCAAUGACCGCCAAUACGAUUCCCGGGGCCGCUUCAGUGACAUUCUCCUGCUGCUGCCCCCACUGCAGAGCAUCACCUGGCAGAUGAUCGAGCAGGUCCAGUUCAUCAAGCUCUUUGGUGUGGCAAGGAUCGACAGCUUGCUGCAGGAGAUGCUGCUGGGAGGAACCACCAUUGAUGUCCAGUACCAGUCAGGACCUCCCAGUCUCAACCUGGACCCAUUGCCAGGACAUGUGCUCCCAGGCAACAUGAGCUCUGUGAUUCACGCUGUCCCAGACCCAUCUCCUGAACCAUCCCUUCCAUCUCCUUCUACAAGCACAGGCAGCGAAGACUAUAAACUAGGCUCUAGCGCAGGGCCAAGCGCCGUAGCACAGCUCUUACCUCAGACACUGAUACCCAAGCAGGAGAUUUUAUAGGGAGAGGUAGAAGGAGAAGCUGGGAGCAAUGUGGGAACCACGCAGAAUGUGAACCAGGUCCUUUCUUUUUGCAGAGGCAAAGCACAGCAAUCCCCUGCCUGCCACCGGACCUGGGGGUCACGCUCUUCCCUGUCAGUGAGUAAAGCAGAGGGCACCAAGCUGCAGCAGGAGCCACAGCACGAGUCAUCCCACAGCUCAUCCCACUGAUCUCACCCUCAUCUCACACGUGAUUGGGGUUAAUGCUCGUCUCGUAGGACCAAGACUGCGAGCUCUUCAGAGCAGGUCCUGAUUGCGUUUGGUAUCACUAAGCUCCCCGUGGUCAUAACCCUUUCAAAGCCCCUGGUUGCUAUCAUCAUAAAAAGAAACACCUGAUGCAGCUCCUGUUAAUUGGCAGUGAGUACAGCCUGCAUCGAAUCAUCAGUAUGGAAAGGUCUAUCCCCAUUAAAAAUGUAAUUACACUCUUAAUUCUCCCACUGCAAAUUAAGCUUUAGGAAGAAUAUCUUCCUAACUCUUUCAUCUUCAUCACCCUUCUAGAUGUGACUUGUUCCACACAGGCCAGCUAACCUUUACUGCUGCUCAGUUCUUAGUUGUGAUCAGGAAUGGCAAGGUCUCAACAUUUUGUCAUUUUCCAUACUUCACAAUGUAUCUGGAGUCCACCCACGAGUCAUUUGCAGCCUCUGCUUUAUUGGCAUAUCCAUCUAAUGCCACUCAGACAGCAGAAAGGAGCUCUGCAUCUGACUAUGGCAAAACCCACAAUGAGCAGCAAGCUCAAGAAACCACCUCUAACCAUGAUACUACUUAAAACAACCCCAACAGAUGACUACACAACCUCAAACGUUCCUGAAGCACAGUCACUGGCACUGUGUUUAUUUGCAUAAAUUGAACAUUACUAGAAAGCAGACUCCUGGAUUUCUAUAGAGCUUACGUUCCUUCCUGUAAAGCCCAAUGACCUUCACCAGUCAGCUCUCGAUGCAUUAAGAUGGACUUGGAUUGAAAAGCAGGGUGCAAUGGGGAAUUCUUUGUUCUUGCAUGGUGCAUUAAACUCAGCCCACGAGCACCGACCCCUGCCUGUCACAAUGCUGCGAUGACAGCGCCCAGCAAAGGCUUUGUGAGGCUUGUGAAGCACUCUGAGAUCCUCAGAUGGAGCACAUUACAGAAAUGCAAUCUCGCUGAAAAAGGAAGAGCAGCCGAACCUGCCCCCAAAGGGCGCUACUUUGUACUCAGGUUAUUUCUCACUGCUUGGGGAGACAUUUUAGAGUUACCAUUCUACAACAGACGUCUGAAAACCACUGAAGACUGGGUUGAUUUCACCCAGCAUCUUAGUGUUUUGUUUUACCAAUGCCUAUGACAAAUUUGACCUGAUAUUACGUGCUGAUGACUCUGAUUUGACACAGCUAUAGCUGGAGAACAAAUUCCACUGCAAGCAUUCCUGCUGCGUCCAUUCUUGUGUAACAUCGCUCCCAGUUCCUCCAUCGUGUAAAUGACAUGCUUUUCUAAAAAUUAAAUAUACAUUUAUACUCAUUAAUGGUAAGAAAAUAAAUCUAGUGGAAAUAAA